UGAGUAGUGUCAGGAAGAGAUCCUUUUACUGAUUUUUGUACCAACUCAGAGGGAACGUCACCUGUAAAAGUGGCACCAGUUGGGUGUCAGGCCUAGGUGCAGAACUUCCUUGAACAGAAUGAUGAUGGUACAUUUGAAGGUGGCUGAGUAUUUGGACCCUCAGAUCAGGGCUCUAUGGGAGCUCAAAGGGCCGGUGAGAGACAUCGCCAGUCAGAGUGAAAACUCUCCACAGACCGUGGAUCUCAGUCCUGAGAGUUCAUGCUGGCACUUCCGGAACUUCCACUAUUGUGAAGCAGCUGGACCCCAUGAGGCUGUCCACCAACUUCAGGAAUUAUGCCAUCUGUGGCUGAGGCCAGAGGUCCACUCAAAAGAACAGAUAUUGGAACUGCUAGUGCUAGAGCACUUUCUGACCAUUCUGCCCAGGGAGACUCAGACCCAGAUGGAGAAGCACCAUCCACAGAGUAUCAAGGAAACUGUAGCCCUGGUAGAACACUUGCAGAGGGAAUCUGGUCAAACAAGGAAUGGGGUUGCAGUCCCUGAGCUGAGAAAAGAGACAGUGCUCUUGGGAGAAACAGCAGAGGCCUCAGGCUUCAAGCUGAAGCCAACAGAAUCCCAACAAGUGGGUGUGUCCCAGGAUGAAGAAUUUUGGAAUACAUACCAGGGUCUACAAGAACAGCUGAGCAGGAAUACUGAUAAAGAAACUGAGCCUGUAUAUGAGAGGGGUAAGGAGCUUCAUGAUAAUUUUAUUCUUAGUUGUUGUGAUAGUAAAUUUGUUGAGUCAAAAUGUCAUGGGCAUAGUGGAUCUACUAGAGUAGCCAUGAUAGUAAUUAUAUCUCCCCAGGCAGUAGUUAGAAUAUACCAACUGUGAGUGAGGGUGGGUUUGGGCUAGGGUAAGGAGAUAACCAAACCACAGAACUCUGGUAGGAACAUAGUAACCAUUCUUUAAAAAAAGAGAGGAGGGAGAGAAAUGGAGUGUAGGAAGGUUUGCAGCCACUCAUCCUCAAGAUACAGAAGCAAUUGGAAUCAGAAAUGGGCCGUUAGUGGCAGUAUGUGAAGAAAAUUGUGUAUCAGGAAAAAAUA